AUGGCAGCAGCCAAAGUUCUCCUCUCUAUCCUCCUCUUCCUCUCUUUCUUCUCCUUCUCCUCGUCUCUUCCCACCGAAACCCUCCGUCAAGCCGCCAUAAUCCUCUCAAACUCCGGCUACCUAUCGAUGUCACUAACCCUCCCAUUGGUCUCCAAUUCUUUAAUCCCACACUCUCCUUCUCUCACCAUCUUCUCUCCCUCUGAUACUGCAUUUACUCAAUCAGGCCAACCAUCUCUUUCUCUCCUCCAACUUCACUUCUCUCCGCUGUCUUUCCCUGUCAAUUCCCUCAAAACCCUCUCUCAAGGUGCUCAGAUCCCCACUCUUUUUCGCAAUUACUCACUUACCAUCACUUCCACCGGUGACGAUGUUUCACUAAAUGGGGUUAAAAUUAAAGGGUCGCCGGUUUAUGAUGACGGGUCUUUGGUAAUUCUUGGCGUUGAUAGGUUUUUCGAUCCGGGUUCUGGGGUUCCGCGUCAGAAUCUUGGAUGUUCUGCUAAGGCCAGUAGUGGUUAUUACUCGUUUAAUGAGGCUAGUAGGGGGUUUAAGGACAACACUAUGUUAACCAUCUUUGCUCCUGAUGAUGAAGUGAUGAGAAUUUUUCAUGGGAAUCUGAGUGAGUACUCUUCAAUCUUUCUUAAACAUGUAGUUCCUUGCAAGAUUACGUGGGGUGAUUUAGUUAAUUUUGAUGAUGGGGUUGUAUUAGAGACUUAUUUGAAGGGAUUUGGAAUUACUGUCUCAACAUCUGGUGAUAAAUUGAUGCUUAAUGAUCAAAUCUCAGUAAGUUCCCCAGACAUUUAUCGCAAUGACUGGCUUGUGAUUCAUGGACUCCAAGGGAUUCUUUUGGAACCGGAGAAUGAAUAUAGUUUCUUGAUGAUGAUGAUGAUGAUGAAUUUUAAGGCUGCCAAGAUCUCGAAAGACUUUUCGUUGUCAGGAAGUUCGUGUUUUUUCACUUAG